AUGAUUCAGUCCGCAUCUGGGGAUAAGAAAUGGCCACUAGCUUUUGUUUGUUAUGUAAAUGACAACAUGGCUAUACAAAGUGAUCAUCGUGCAAUAUCUGAAGGAAUUCUAGAGAAUGUUUGGGCAAGCUACAUUGGAGAACAUAGAGGAGACAGAGUAACAAGCAAUGACGAACAAGAAGAGUUUAAAUCAUCGCAGGAAUUUCCUAGUCUUGAUAGUAGAGAUGGGUCAAUGGAGGUUCUAGAAAGGCUACCAGGUCUAGGCAGAUGGAUAUCGAUGGGUACUGAGUCCUGGGAGGGACUUCUUGAUGGAAUCAUUCCUGAAAUUAACUAUAAAGAACUUACUUCCAAUGAUAGAGCAGAAAACAAAGGCCCCAGCAGCUUAAGCUCCAAAGAGAAUACUGUGAAAACAGAGAAAGUGACUACCAGACACUACCGGGGAGUAAGGAGGCGGCCUUGGGGCAAGUAUGCAGCAGAGAUAAGGGACUCUUCGAGAAAAGGAGCUCGAGUUUGGCUUGGAACUUUUAAAACAGCUGAGGAAGCAGCUUUGGCUUAUGAUAAGGCUGCUUUGAGAAUUAGAGGCCCCAAGACAUACCUCAACUUCCCACUUGAAACAGUAGCCAAGGCAAUGGGCAUUGACUGCUCCAAAAAUGACUACAGUGUUUCAUCUACCACAACUUCACAAGAGUGUGACACGUCUUGCACAAUUCUGGGAAGCGGUGACAAAGUUUCAGUGAUCCCUAGAAGAAGGGUAUCAAGAGAUUGGGAAGUGAACAAUGAUUUGAUAAUUAUGGAACAACCUGGACUUCAGAGAAUGGCUUGCGUAGAAGAAUUGUCUGUGGAUGAUUUCGACGUGGUAGGAUUUCAGGACCUGGGGAGUGACUACCUGGACAGUUUGUUUUCCUCUUUAUAGAUGUAUAACAUAGCUAUUUCUUUUGUUCUAUUCAAUCUCGUCAUAAUUCUUAGAUAUGGGAUAUGUGGCAUCACAUUCUUUCCCUCUUAAGUGUGUAAUUAAUGUCCCCGUUAAACCACAACCAUGGUCUUGGAUUGAGCCCCAGAAAGUGUAGGAAUAUUUAGAGGUGGCUCCUUCCGGUAACUCAAGAAGUAGCUCUCAUCCUGUACAAAGGUAGAGAAUUUUGUUCCGUAAAGGACAUGGUUCCCACA